AUGCACGGUGCCCGCGCCUCGACGCGUCCGUUCCGGGAUUUUUCCAGAGCCGUGGCCUUCCGGGUACCCAUUGACGAACUCAACCCGUAUCCUGCCUCAGCCAUUGACCGAAACGACAGGAGACCGGGCUCCGAACCCCGACCGAAUCGAUCGCCUCACCCCAUCCUCCUCCUUACCCACACCAUGCCACUGGUCGACCCCGUGACAAUGUCAGCGCCAGCAUCAUCAAAAGCCGCCUCCGACGCGGGCAAGCCAAAGGACAACGUAUUACAUCCUGUCCAGGCCCUGGCGAGCCCUGCUGCGCAGGUCGUCCGACACCUCCAGCCGGUGCUCAUCUCCGGCCUCUUCCUCGCGCAGUUCAGCUCCCUGGUGACCGACCCCGUGCGAACCCUCCAAAACUCGCUCCCCAUCGUCGUCGCGAUCCAGGUCGUCUACGCCUUUGUCGGUCUGCCGGCAGCCGGAUCGCAAAGCGCGAGGCCGUCGAGGAAGCCUCGGCCAGGCGAGAAGAAGAAGGUUGAGAGCACGGGGCCCAAUAUUUUCAUUGCUAUAUUCCUUUCCCUCCUCCUCGCUCUCCUCGUUACGCCAGCCAUCCACGUCGUUCUCGUCCUCUUCGGCGCCCCCUUUUUGACGCAUGUACCGCAUACCCUCCUCUGCUCCGCCAACGUCGCCAUUCUCUCGCUCUUCCCGCUCUUCUACGUCCAUGGAGUCGAUGCGAGCACCUGGACGGCUCUCGCCAGUGCGGCGGCACCGUUGGACGAGACAUACGGCGGUCUCGUAGGAGGCCUGUUGGGCGCGUGGCUCGGUGCGGUGCCCAUCCCGCUCGACUGGGAUCGUGAGUGGCAGAAGUGGCCCGUCACUAUUGUCUGCGGCCUCUACGCUGGAUACAUCUUGGGCAAGACGAUUGGCGGCACAUUGGCGUUUGGCAGGAAAAUGGCUCCCUCGGCGCACGACGACGAAUGA